GGGGGUGCCGGCGGCAUGGCGGAGUCCCAGGUGCUCCUGCUGGACGAGCUGCACGUCAACGAGAAGGUGACAGAGGCCCAGGCCCGCUUCUACUACAGCGAGGAGCAGCGCCGAGCCCUGGAGGCGCUGGUGACCCGCGGCGAGGCCGCGUACCGGGAGGCGCUGAGGAAGGAGCAGCUCCGCGAUUUCCUCUCCGGCCGGGAGCUGCAGGACCUGCGGGGCGGCUGGCGGGGCUACGACGACCCCCGGGAGGGCGGCAAGGUGGCGCGGGGGCCCGGUGGCGAGACCCUGUCGCUGGCCUACUGGCCCGAGUGCUCGGACACCGAGGUGCCCCCGCUGGACUUGGGCUGGACCGACAAGACCUUCUACCGCGGCAUCAGCCGGGUGUCCCUCUUCACGCACCCGCGCAAGGAGGAGAGCGCGCCGCACCUGAAGGAGGUGGUGCGGGAGAUGAUCCAGCAGGCGCAGAAGAUUAUUGCAGUGGUCAUGGAUGUAUUUACGGACCGGGACAUCUUCCGCGAUAUUGUUGAUGCAGCAUAUAAGCGCUGGAUCCCAGUCUAUAUAAUCCUAGAUGAGGAGGGUGUGAAGCUCUUCCUGGAAAUGUGCAGAUGCCUUGACCUCAGUGACUUGCAGAUCCGGAAUAUCCGCAUACGCUCUGUGACAGGAGUUGGGUUCUACAUGCCUUCAGGGAAGAUCAGAGGCACUCUGGCAUCCCGAUUCCUGAUGGUGGAUGGUGAAAAGGUGGCCACUGGAUCAUACAGCUUCACAUGGACUUCAUCCCACAUUGACAGAAACAUCCUGCUAGUCUUGACAGGACAGCAUGUGGAGAUGUUUGACAUUGAGUUUCGUGAGCUCUACGCCAUCUCAGAGGAAGUUAAUUUAUACAAGGAACUGGGCAUUGCUAACCCGUUCCUCCAUGGAAUUGGGAAGCCAGGCUUUCAUUCCUCCACUGUGGCUCGGAAGUUCAUUAACCCAAAGUAUGGUUUAGUAGCCGGGGCAACCCGUGGUGAUAUGAUGCUCUGGGCUUCACGGCACAGGCAAGACAAUCACGGAAACGUGGAAAAGGAGGAAACAAGUGAGUCAAAGAAACGGUUAAAUCAGUUCCUGAAUGACUUAGUCACACUGGAGCAAGUGUACCCAGAAAUAGAUCCACCUCUGGAGAACUUGAACAAGCUGAAUCGGAGCCCCCAGAAACUGUUGUCUCGGCUCCACAUGGACCUGAAAAAUAAAUCCAAAUCCAGAGAGUCUAUUCGUGACAUAAAGAAGGAAGAUGCACAGACCAAUGCAAAGCAAGGAAAACGGUUUGCCAGUGGGCUUUUCAGUCGCAAGGCCAAGCGCUCUCCAGGCUCAAGCAUUGAGGCCAAUUCUUUUGCGAGUGAAGGACAUUCAGGAGAAGACCUUGGGAACAUGAAACUGGAAUAUGAGAGGCUCAGCAUUGGCCAUGCCAGUGUUCGGAGCACUGGAGGCAACUCAGGUAACCUGAAUCCAAACUCCACUAUGAGCGAUAAAAACAAACAAUCUACCUGUGUGUUAUCUUGA